AUGACCAUUGGCGGGCUGCUCGCUGCCCUCUCCUUUGUCAUCUGCGCCUUUGUACAGUUGAAGAUUGAAAAGGAGCAACCUGUUGCCCUGCUACCUGCUCACCAUCACGUCGUCCUGGUGAACGGUUUUGCCGGCGACUGCCCACUCGGCGGCUUUCACCUCGAGUCGCCGCUCUACAAUGGCACCAUCAGCCAGCAAACCUUUGUCCUGAAGAACAUUCCCUCCGACCAGCUGGCCGACUUUCCGGCCACCUUUGAGGACCUUUGUCGCAAGGGGGAGCGCUACACUGUGCAGGCGACUUUCACCAAUCUGACCGAAGGCGCCUCCCUUCUCCUGUACAUUGACUCAGUUGGGCUGAAGCAGGCAAGUGGGCGUCUCUCGGUAAACAGCAGCAACGUCGUCCUCUACGCCUCAAACGUGCUCAGCAAGCCGCUGGAGGGCGGGGCGCUGCUCUUCACCCUCUUCAACCUCAGCCACUACCAGUCGGCGGUGAAUCAGAGUGCCGACGGCGAGGAGGUGUUCACCUCUUCGGACCACUCUGGCGAGCUGGUGGCUCACGUGCUGAGGACCACGGCCAGUCCACCUGGACCAGUACAGCAGGCCAAUGUCACCCUCGGCUACCUGGACAAGUUUGAGGUGGAGAUCAAGGGCCACGACAUUGUGAUGGGCGCUGGAGAGAAGAGGGCGGCGCUGAAGCUGGAGCAGGGCGCCACCUAUGUGCAGCUGAUUAGCGGCGAUCUAGAGGGGGAAGUCCAAUUCACGGUGACGAAGAUCGUGGAGGCAAAUCAGCUGUCGGUCUUCAUUCAGCUGGUUCAGUACCUGGUGAUCACCUGCGCCGAGAUUAUGUUCUCUGUCACCGGGCUGGAGUUCUCCUACACCCAGGCGCCGCAGUCGAUGAAGUCGGUGCUGCAGGCCGCCUGGCUUCUCACCGUCGCCUUUGGCAAUCUCAUUGUCGCCGUCAUUGCCGACCUCAAAAUCUUUCCGCAGCAGUCAUACGAGUUCUUCUUCUUUGCCUCGCUGAUGGUCAUCGACAUUGCCAUCUUCGCUGUGAUGGCCUACUUUUACGCCCCCUUUAGGGGUGAGCCGGAGGGCGCCGGUGCCGUCAUUGGCACUUCUGAUCAUCAGUCGGGGGUGAAUGGAGGCAGUAGUAGCAACAACUCCCACUCAAAUGGAAAGUCCAUGCAGAUGGAGCCGAUCAACUCAAAGCGGAAGACCUCCUCUUCUGACGGCUGGGACGAGUAA